CUCCUCCUCUCCUCUUAUCAAAACGCCCUUCCUUAUAAACAAAUCCUCUCCUCUUCUUAUAGUACAUGAUCAUACAUCUUCUUAUAGAUCCUCCUCUUCUUUUCAGUAAUCUAACCUUCUUUUUAUUUAUUUUUGUACCUAUUCUCAAUCUUCCCUUCAUGGCCAAUAUCAGCUGCAAUCUUCGCCAUCGGGUCACUCUCCGCUGGCAUCAUGUCCUAUCUCCGAUGCCGUUUAGAAGUAAACUUAAGUAUUAAGGAGAUGAGCUGAGGCCUGUAAGUCUCAAGAAACACUCGCAAUCACAGAGAAGAAAUGGAAAAUCAGAUGAACCCAACGAUUCUCAAAUACUCCGGCCCAUCCAGCCCAUUUCUCAACAGCACUUCAACCCUCCUAGUUGCUACACUCCAGUCGAGAGAGCUUUCCCUCUUUCGGAACGAAAAGAAAGAUAAAAAUGGCGAGUAAGAGGGAGAGAAUCCAGUGAAGCUGAAUCCAGAGCAUUUCAACCCUAAUUGCUUUUCCAGUCGAGAGAACCUUCCCUCUUUCGGACUCAAAAGAAGAAAAUGACGAGAGAUGGAAACUUCUUUCCGCUGAGAAAGAGAUACGUGAGGAAGGAGAUUAUCCUUCUCAACUGGAAGAACUCAGUCUUCAGAGUGAUAGAGAAGGUUAUCUAUCAGAAGAAAUCAAUCUGUUGGGCGAUUGCUAUGAUUCGGCAGCUCUCUGCUAUGUACAAGAUCAGAGGUGAUCUUGACAUCACGUCUGCACUCUCAAUCCAGGAGCUCUUGCUGUAUGUGCCGAAGGUCUAUUUAUCUUCCGAGCUUGCCCUUGAUGACUUGAUGCAUGCCGAAUAUUCUCUCAAAGAGUUUGGCACCGUGGAGGAAAAAUUAAGUCCUCUCACCUACAUUCUUGACAGUAUGAAGCUAUUCGAUCAGGAUGUCUUCAGAUUCAAGAUUGAAUCUAUGAGAGUUUGUAGGCCAUCUGAAUUCCGCAGCUGCAAUGAAUUUGAACAAGCUGUUGUCGAAGCUUUGGCGAAGUCACCUGUGGCCUGUGUUGUGAAGACGUACGCCUCGUACAACAGAAUUAGGGGAAAGCAAGUCUACCGCCGAAAACCUCGUGAAACCAAAUAUACUCUUCACGUCAUGGUUCUUGUCAAUCAUGGGAUUAACGGUAAAGGCCAGAGGUUCUUUGAGUUUCAAGAUUCUUACGGAAAGAAAUGGGGACGGAAGGGGUUCGUAAGAGUGGCUAAAGGUGUUGGAUUGGUCGGAGGCUUUAUUGUGUUUGAGCUUCCUCCAAGGGCAAGGAUUUGAGACAAACCAUUGAAACAGCUGGAGAUUUGUUUCCUUUUUCAUGUUUUAUGUUUUGUUAGUCGAGGAUGUUAAUGCAUUUAAUUCGGUGAGGAUUUUGUCUUGUUCUGUUCUGGAAUCAGUCACAACAUGAUUUUUAGGUUUCUAUCCAUAACUCUAAUGCAUUUUUAAAACUGUUAUUGGUUGAGGAGACAAACACUACUUAUCACGCUCUGCUGGUUGUGGAGACGAUCACUACA